AUGUCUGUGACUCGGCUUUCCAUCGAGGAUGACAAUCAGGAGUCCAAAAAGGCCAAGAAGGAAGCCUCACCAGCGCUGGGAUUCUCGGACGAGGAUAAGAUCGGAACCAUCCAACCCCAUGACGAUGCUCUGGGUAGUGCUGUGGAAGUAAUGUACCUCGACCUAUACAAGGGGUUGAACUUGAAAUCCAAGGACCUAACGGCGUACGAUUCCCUUCUGGUAAGUUUCAAGGGAAAAAUCGUUACUCCAAAAGGCCAGAUCAAACUACCCAUACAAACCGGUUCGGACGUAGUGGAGGUGGAUUUCAUUGUAGUUGACGCUUAUUCACCCUACAUAGCUAUUGUGGCUAGACCUCGGCUUCAUACUCUAAGGGCUGUCUCCUAUACCCUGCAUCAGAAGGUGAAGUACCUAUUGGAGGGCCAGAUUAAAGAGAUUGUGAGGAAUCAGACCAUGGCUAAACAGUGCAUGGUGGCUGCCAUCUCACGUCAACCCAGUGCUGAGCCCUCAGCCUCUAUUGGAAGGGGCUUAUAG